AUGGCGCGGUCGAGCGCGGACGACAUGGAGCUGAAGCGCGGGUGCGAGGCCGGGAUCCUCGCCAAGGGGGACCGGGACAAGGUCAAAGGGCAGAAGACCAAGUCGUUCCUGCGGGUGCUCAAGUACUCCAAUGGCGGCGUCCUCGAGGGGUUUGACAACCUGAGAAGCCAGAGUGUCGCACCUCCACAAUGGACCAUGCGCAACAAAGAGGACAGGAACCCCCUGCUGAUGUGCAUCCUCGACAUGUGCAAAGAGCACUUGGGAAGCAUCCCCAAAGUCGUCGGCAUGGACGUCGUCGAGAUGGCUAUCUGGGCAAAGAACACUCAAGCAAAGGUUACACAAGUGAGAAGUAAAGAUGGGCCUGUGGAAUCACUAGUAUUAGAGGCUGAAUCACAUGUUAUCGUUGAGAAGGACCUGGUUUCUCAGGCAGAAGAGGACACUGACACUCUUCUUGGCAAUUAUGUUAUGGCCAUUGGUGAAGCAGAGGCUUUUUCAGAAAGGAUGAAGCGCGAACUUGUAGCUCUAGAAUCUGCAAAUGUUUAUGCCCUGAUGGAAACUGAAUCUGUCGUCGAAGAGGUAUUGCAGGGUCUAGAAAUAGCCAGUAUAUGUGUUGAAGAUAUGGAUGAAUGGCUAGGGAUUUUCAAUAUAAAGCUCAGACAUAUGAGGGAGGAUAUACAAUCUAUAGAAUGGCGUAAUAACAGACUGGAGUUGCAAUCUGAUAGUAAUGUGGCUUUGAUUGAUGAGGUUGACAAAUUGCUUGUGCUGCUGCAGAUUCCACCUGAGUAUGAGGCAUCAUUAACUGGAGGAUCAUUUGAUGAAGGAAAUAUGGUUAAGAACAUUGAAGCCUGUGACUGGUUAACCAGUGCUAUAAAGAACCUAGACGCAUCCAACAUAGAUCCAAUCUAUGUAAAAUUGCGUGCUAUUAGGGAAAAACGUGCAGAAUUUGUACUUCUUAAGUGCACCUUCGUUUGGAGGGCAUCAGAAUUUUUAAGGAAUUACUUUCCUAGUUUGAUUGAUUCUAUGCUAAAUGACAAAGUAAACUUCUCUCAGCGAGGUCAGCUGCAGAGGCCUGAUCACGCUGAUAUGAGGUACAAAUGCAGGACUUAUGCACGGCUUCUACAACACAUCAAGAGUUUGGACAAGAGUUGUAUGAUGCCUUUGCGGAAAGCUUACUGCCAUUCACUGAACAUGCUAAUUUGCCGUGAGUCACGUGACUUUUCUAAUGAACUCCGUAAUAGUUCAAAAGCGUCAAAGAGCAGCACACCAUUGUUUGAGGGUCCUGCAGGUGCAAACCAGCCUGCAAUUAUUACAGAUAGUCCUGCAGAUGCAUACUCCAAGAUGAUUACUGUUUUCAUUCCACUUCUUGUAGAUGAGAGCUCAUUCCUUGCACAUUUAUGUGCUUCAAAAGUUUCCGCACUUUCUCAAUCUGAUGCUUCAAGUAGCAAUCCUAAUGCUGAAUCAACUAGUACUUCGUCGGUUGCAUUAGAAGCUUCUGCAAGCAUUAUCAAAACAAGUAACAAUCCAGCCGAGCUGGGAGCGCUAAAUGAAUGCCUUCAGGAGUUGCUUGAUGGUAUUCAGGAGGACUUUUAUGCUUUGGUUGACUGGGCAUUCAAGCUAAAUCCACUGAGUUGCAUAUCUAUGCACGGAAUAACAGAUCGGUAUCUUUCUGGUCAGAAAGCAGAGGUCUCCGGAUAUGUACAAGUGUUGCUUGAUGACUUGGAGACAAGAAUAACAAUUUUAUUUAGCAGGUUUGUUGAUGAUGCCUGCUACCAGAUUGAGAAGUAUGAGCGCAAUGUGUGGCAAGUUGGAGUUGUUCCCUAUAUUCCCAGCUUGUAUGAUUUGGCAAAUGUUGUGCCAACACUUGCUAAAUAUUAUCAUCAAGCUAGUGAAGCCUAUGAACAAGCUUGUUCACGCCAUAUCAAUUUGGUCAUAUAUAUUCACUUCAAAAAGCUAUUCCAAUUCGCUCGGAAAAUUGAGGAAUUAAUGUACAACAUGAGCCCUGAGGAGCUUGACAAGACAAUCAAUGCAAUGUAUAGAAAACUACAGAAGAAUAUGACUGCCGAGGAAUUGUUGCCUUCACUAUGGGAAAAAUGCAAGGUUUCUGAUUUCAUUAACCUUACCACAAACUAUGACAAGUUGGGGAUACAUAUAGGGCUGCAUACUUGGUCCUUAAGAAAGGAUUACAGCAUAUUCUAG